GCAGAUGAUACUAUCAAGAUUGCAGAAGCUCUUUUAUCUGACUUGUCAGGAUUUCAAUCUUUCCAUCGAAGUGCUGAAGAUCUCUUAGACCAGUUUAAACUAUAUGAACAAGAACAAUUUGAUGAUUGGUCCAGGGAUAUUCAGUCUGGCUUGUCUGAUUCCAAAUCCAGUUUGUGUAUUGAGGCUAAUAGUCACAUUAUGGAGUUGGAUCCUAAUGAUGGAUCAUUAAAAGUGCAUUAUUCAGAUCGGUUGGUGAUUCUUCAGAGAGAAGUUCGUCAGCUUUCUGCACUUGGCUUUGUUAUUCCUGCAAAAAUACAGCAAGUUGCAAACAUUGCACAGAAAUUCUGCAAGCAAGCUAUUAUUCUGAAACAAGUGGCACAUUUUUAUAAUUCUAUCGAUCAACAAAUGAUUCAAAGUCAGAGACCAAUGAUGUUACAAUCUGCCUUAGCGUUUGAACAGAUAAUUAAGAAUUCAAAAGCAGGAAGUGGGGGAAAGUCACAAAUUACUUGGAAUAAUCCUAAAGAAUUAGAAGGCUACAUCCAAAAACUCCAAAAUGCUGCUGAACGACUUGCCACUGAAAAUAGAAGACUGAGAAAAUGGCACAUUACAUUUUGUGAAAAGGUGGUAGUUCUUAUGAACAUUGAUUUGCUUCGGCAGCAACAGCGGUGGAAAGAUGGAUUACAAGAAUUAAGAACUGGCUUAGCAAGUGUAGAAGCACAGGGAUUCCAAGCAAGUGACAUGCAUGCGUGGAAACAGCACUGGAAUCAUCAACUGUACAAAGCUCUGGAACAUCAGUAUCAGAUGGGCUUAGAAGCACUUAAUGAGAAUCUGCCAGAAAUAAAUAUAGACUUAACAUACAAACAAGGACGAUUACAAUUCAAGCCUCCUUAUGAAGAAAUUCGGGCUAAAUAUUAUAGAGAAAUGAAGAGAUUCAUCAGCAUUCCUAAUCAGUUUAAGGGAGUGGGUGAGGCAGGAGAUGAAUCUAUUUUUUCUAUCAUGAUUGAUAGAAAUGCAAGUGGAUUUCUGACUAUUUUCAGCAAAGCAGAAGAUCUAUUUAGAAGAUUGUCAGCUGUUUUACAUCAACAUAAGGAAUGGAUUGUAAUUGGGCAAGUUGAUAUGGAAGCUCUAGUGGAAAAGCAUCUUUCUACAGUACAUGAUUGGGAGAAAAAUUUUAAAGCACUGAAAAUAAAAGGGAAAGAAGUAGAACGACUUCCGAGUACUGUCAAGGUAGAUUGUUUAAAUAUUAAUUGUAACCCUGUGAAGACUGUGAUUGAUGAUCUCAUCCAGAAGUUAUUUGACGUGCUUGUUCUUUCUUUGAAGAAGUCCAUUCAGGCUCAUUUACAUGAAAUUGAUACAUUCGUUACUGAAGCUAUGGCAGUCUUAGCAAUUAUGCCGCAGUCUGUGGAAGAGAUAGGUAAUGCAAAUUUACAAUAUAGUAAGCUACAAGAACGGAAGCCAGAGAUUUUGCCCUUAUUUCAAGAAGUUGAAGAUAAAAACAGACUUUUACGGACUGUGGCAGGUGGAGGUUUAGAAACAAUUAGUAAUCUGAAAGCUAAGUGGGAUAAAUUUGGGUUGAUGAUGGAAAGUCACCAACUUAUGAUUAAAGAUCAGAUUGAAGUGAUGAAAGGAAAUGUGAAAUCACGUCUUCAGAUCUAUUACCAAGAACUGGAAAAAUUUAAAGCUCGUUGGGACCAACUAAAGCCUGGUGAUGAUGUUAUUGAAACUGGCCAGCAAAAUACUCUUGAUAAAAGUGCCAAGUCAAUAAAAGAGAAAAAAAUUGAGUUUGAUGAUCUUGAAGUCAUAAGAAAAAAGCUGGUUGAUGAUUGCCAUCAUUUUGGCCUAGAAGAGCCCAACUUCUCCUUGGCAUGUAACAUCUCUAAGGACAUUGAGAGCUGUGCACAAAUUUGGGCCCUUUAUGAAGAGUUUCAGCAAGGAUUUCAAGAAAUGGCCAAUGAAGAUUGGAUUACUUUUAGGACUAAGACAUAUCUGUUUGAGGAAUUUUUGAUGAAUUGGCAUGACAGAUUAAGAAAGGUUGAAGAACAUUCAGUGAUGACGGUGAAAUUACAAUCAGAGGUUGACAAAUAUAAAAUCGCAGUCCCUAUCUUGAAAUAUGUGAGAGGGGAGCAUCUUUCUCCAGAUCACUGGCUUGAUCUUUUUCGUCUACUUGGCCUUCCUCGGGGGACUAGUCUAGAUAAAUUACUGUUUGGUGAUCUGCUUAGAGUAGCUGCUACAAUUGUUGCCAAAGCUUCAGACCUUAAAGAUUUAAAUAGUCGUGCACAAGGUGAAGUUACAAUCAGAGAAGCUUUACGAGAACUUGAUCUUUGGGGAGUUGGAGCAGUAUUUACAUUGGUUGAUUAUGAAGACAGCCAAAGUCGAACUAUCAAGCUGAUUAAAGACUGGAAGGAUAUAGUAAAUCAAGUUGGAGAUAAUAGGUGCCUUCUUCAGUCCUUAAAGGAUUCUCCUUAUUAUAAAGGAUUUGAAGAUAAAGUGUCAAUUUGGGAAAGAAAACUUGCAGAGUUAGAUGAGUACCUACAGAAUUUAAACCACAUUCAGAGAAAGUGGGUAUAUUUGGAACCCAUUUUUGGCCGUGGAGCAUUGCCAAAAGAACAGAUGCGCUUCCACAGAGUUGAUGAAGAUUUUAGAUCAAUAAUGACUGACAUCAAGAAAGAUAAUAGAGUCACAACGUUAACUACUCAUGCAGGAAUCAGAAAUUCUCUACUAACGAUACUUGAUCAGCUUCAAAGAUGUCAGAAAUCAUUAAAUGAAUUCUUGGAGGAAAAACGCUCAGCAUUCCCAAGAUUUUACUUUAUUGGUGAUGAUGACUUAUUAGAAAUACUGGGCCAGUCUACUAACUCAUCAGUGAUUCAGUCUCACCUUAAGAAACUGUUUGCUGGCAUUAACAGUGUGUGCUUUGAUGAGGAAUCAAAACAUAUAACUGCAAUGAAAUCUUUAGAGGGAGAAGUUGUACCUUUUAAAAACAAAGUUCUUCUGUCAAAUAAUGUAGAGACUUGGUUAAAUGAUUUAGCCUUGGAAAUGAAGCAAACUUUGAAAGAGUUGUUGACGGAAUGCGUUACUGCUGGACAAAGUUCUCAAGGUGCAAUUGACCCAUACUUUUUCCCUUCACAGAUAUUAUGCUUGGCAGAGCAGAUUAAAUUCACUGAAGAUGUAGAAAAUGCCAUCAAAGAUCAUAGUCUUCAUCAGAUUGAAGCACAACUGGUGAAUAAGUUAGAGCACUAUACUAACAUUGAUACAAGUUCUGCGGAUCCAGGGAAUACUGAAUUUGGCAUUCUGGAGCUUAAACUUAAAGCACUUAUUCUUGAUAUUAUUCAUAAUAUUGAUGUGGUGAAGCAGUUAAACCAAGUUCAAGUUCAUACAACUGAAGACUGGGCUUGGAAAAAACAAGUUAGAUUCUAUAUGAAAAGCGAUCACACAUGUUACGUUCAAAUGGUGGAUUCUGAACUUCAGUAUACUUAUGAGUACCAGGGUAAUGCUCCCAAGCUGGUUUACACUCCACUGACAGACAAGUGCUACUUAACUCUCACUCAAGCCAUGAAGAUGGGACUUGGAGGAAAUCCUUACGGACCAGCUGGAACUGGAAAAACUGAAUCAGUAAAGGCUUUAGGUGGACUUCUUGGAAGACAAGUUUUAGUUUUUAAUUGUGAUGAGGGCAUCGAUGUGAAGUCAAUGGGACGAAUAUUUGUUGGUUUGGUGAAGUGUGGGGCCUGGGGUUGUUUUGAUGAAUUCAAUAGACUAGAAGAAUCUGUACUGUCAGCAGUUUCUAUGCAAAUCCAGACAAUUCAAGAUGCUUUGAAGAAUCAUAGAACUGUAUGUGAACUGCUUGGCAAGGAGGUAGAAAUAAAUUCUAAUUCUGGAAUUUUUAUCACUAUGAAUCCUGCUGGAAAAGGUUAUGGAGGAAGACAAAAACUGCCUGAUAAUCUUAAACAGCUUUUCAGGCCAGUAGCCAUGUCUCGUCCAGACAAUGAGCUUAUUGCAGAAGUUAUUCUCUAUUCAGAAGGCUUUAAAGAUGCUAAGGUGUUGGGCAGAAAAUUGGUAGCUAUCUUCAAUCUAUCCAGAGAACUUUUGACACCUCAGCAACAUUAUGACUGGGGUUUGAGAGCUUUGAAGACAGUUCUGAGAGGAAGUGGAAAUCUUCUUAGACAGCUGAAGAAAACUAGUGUUAAACAAAAAGUUAAUGAAAGUCAUAUUGUGGUACAAGCACUGAGGCUUAAUACAAUGUCAAAGUUUACAUUUGCUGAUUGCACUCGGUUUGAUGCACUGAUUAAAGAUGUGUUUCCUGGAAUUGACUUUAAAGAAGUAGAAUAUGAUGAACUGAAUGCUGCAUUGAAGCAAGUCUUUGAGGAGGCCAACUAUGAAAUCAUAUCCAAUCAGAUCAAGAAGGCUUUAGAAUUGUAUGAACAGUUACGCCAGAGGAUGGGAGUUGUUAUUGUUGGCCCAAGUGGUGCUGGAAAAUCAACUCUUUGGAGAAUGUUAAGGGCAGCACUUUGUAAAAUUGGCAAAGUGGUAAAACAAUAUACCAUGAAUCCCAAAGCUAUGCCUAGACAUCAGUUAUUAGGCCAUAUUGACAUGGAUACAAGGGAAUGGUCUGAUGGUGUUUUGACAAAUAGUGCUCGCCAAGUAGUUCGAGAACCUCAAGAUGUCAGCUCAUGGAUAAUCUGUGAUGGUGAUAUUGACCCUGAAUGGAUAGAAUCUCUGAAUUCUGUUCUGGAUGAUAACCGACUACUCACUAUGCCCAGUGGAGAAAGGAUUCAGUUUGGCCCAAAUGUUAACUUUGUAUUUGAAACUCAUGAUUUAAGUUGUGCCUCACCAGCCACAAUAUCUAGAAUGGGAAUGAUCUUUCUUAGUGAUGAAGAGACGGAUCUUAAUUCUCUGAUUAAAUCUUGGUUGAGGAACCAGCCUCCUAAAUAUAGAAAUAAUCUUGAAAAAUGGAUUGGGGAUUAUUUUGAAAAGGCUUUACAGUGGGUUCUAAAACAGAAUGACUAUGUGGUAGAAACAAGUUUGGUUGGGACUGUGAUGAAUGGUUUAUCACAUCUACAUGGAUGCAGAGAUCAUGAUCAAUUUAUUAUUAAUCUCAUAAGGGGGCUGGGUGGAAAUCUGAACAUGAAGUCACGUCGGGAAUUCACCAAAGAGGUUUUUAAUUGGGCACGAGAAUCUCCUCCGGACCCUCACAAACCAAUGGACACCUACUAUGACUCGAGUAGAGGACGAUUAGCAUCUUAUGUGCUGAAGAAGCCAGAAAACUUGACUGCUGAUGAUUUCAGUAAUAGCCAAACCCUUCCAGUCAUUCAGACUCCUGACAUGCAACGAGGUCUAGAUUAUUUCAAACCUUGGUUAAGUUCUGAUACUAAACAGCCAUUUAUUCUUGUCGGACCAGAAGGAUGUGGCAAAGGGAUGCUGCUCAGGUAUGCCUUUUCCCAACUCCGGUCCACUCAAAUUGCUACAGUUCACUGUAGUGCACAAACAACUUCUCGGCAUCUCCUGCAGAAACUGAGCCAGACUUGCAUGGUAAUCAGUACUAAUACUGGUCGAGUGUAUAGACCAAAAGACUGUGAGAGACUUGUUCUGUACUUAAAAGAUAUCAACCUACCCAAGCUUGAUAAAUGGGGGACCAGUACUUUGGUAGCUUUCCUGCAGCAGGUAUUGACAUAUCAAGGAUUUUAUGAUGAAAAUUUGGAAUGGGUUGGUUUAGAAAAUAUUCAAAUUGUUGCUUCUGUGUCAGCUGGAGGAAGACUGGGAAGACAUAAGCUUACUACCAGAUUUACUUCUAUUGUUCGUCUUUGUGCUGUAGAUUACCCAGAAAGAGAGCAAUUACAGACAAUUUAUGGAGCAUAUCUGAAACCAGUUCUACAUAAAAAUCUGAAGAAUCAUACUAUUUGGGGUUCUUCAUCAAAAAUUUAUCUCUUAGCAGGAUCUAUGGUACAAGUGUAUGAACAGGUGCGGGCCAAAUUUACAGUUGAUGAUUAUAGCCACUAUUUCUUUACUCCUUGCAUCCUUACCCAGUGGGUUCUUGGCUUAUUCAGAUAUGAUUUAGAAGGAGGAUCCUCAAACCAUCCUCUAGCUUACGUAUUAGAAAUUGUAGCAUACGAAGCGCGGCGCUUAUUUCGUGACAAAAUUGUUGGUGCAAAGGAACUUCAUUUAUUUGACAGUAUUUUAACAUCAGUGUUUCAAGGAGACUGGGGCUCAGAUGUACUAGACAAUAUGGCAGAUAAUUUCUAUGUUACAUGGGGAGCUCGACAUAAUUCAGGAAUAAGGUCAGCCCCAGGACAACCUUUGCCUCCACAUGGAAAACCACUUGGAAAACUAAAUUCUGCAGAUCUUAAGGAUGUUAUUAAAAAGGGUCUUAUUCAUUAUGGACGAGAUAACCAGAAUUUAGAUAUUUUACUUUUCCAAGAAGUCCUGGAAUAUAUGUCUAGGAUAGACAGAGUGCUGAGUUUUCCUGGAGGUUCACUUCUGUUAGCAGGAUGCAGUGGUGUAGGUCGUCGGACCAUCACUUCUUUAGUCAGUCAUAUGCAUGGAGCAGUGCUGUUUUCACCAAAGAUUUCCAGGGGAUAUGAACUGAAGCAGUUCAAAAAUGAUCUCAAACAUGUGCUACAUCUUGCAGGUAUUGAAGCACAACAAGUAGUUUUACUUCUUGAGGAUUAUCAGUUUGUACAUCCUACAUUUUUGGAGAUGAUCAAUAGCCUUUUGUCUUCAGGUGAAGUUCCUGGACUCUACACUCUUGAAGAAUUAGAGCCCUUGCUAUUGCCUCUUAAAGAUCAGGCUUCACAGGAUGGAUUUUUUGGACCAGUCUUCAAUUACUUCACAUAUAGAAUUCAACAAAACUUGCAUAUUGUCUUGAUAAUGGAUUCUGCAAAUUUAAACUUCAUAAUAAACUGUGAGAGUAAUCCUGCUUUGCAUAAGAAAUGCCAGGUGUUGUGGAUGGAGGGUUGGUCAGAUAGCAGUAUGAAGAAAAUACCUGAAAUGUUAUUCAGUGAAACAGGUGGUGAAGAAAAAUAUAGUGACAAAAAAAGAAAAGAAGAAAAGAAAAAAAAUUCAGUUGAUCCUGAUUUUCUAAAAUCAUUUUUAUUAAUCCACAAGUCUUGUAAAGCAUAUGGUGCUACACCAAGCCGAUAUAUGACCUUUUUACGUGUGUAUUCUGCCAUUAGUAGCAGCAAGAGAAAGGAAUUAUUAAAAAGACAAAGUCAUUUGCAGGCUGGUGUAUCUAAACUAAAUGAAGCUAAAGCUCUCGUGGAUGAACUGAACAGAAAAGCUGGAGAACAAAGUGUAUUACUUAAAACUAAGCAAGAUGAAGCAGAUUCUGCUCUUCAAGAGAUCACAGUAUCAAUGCAGGAUGCUAGUGAACAAAAGACAGAACUUGAAAGACUAAAGCACAGAAUAGCAGAAGAAGUCAUUAAAAUUGAAGAAAGGAAAAACAAAAUUGAUGAUGAAUUAAAAGAAGUACAGCCUCUAGUCAAUGAAGCUAAACUAGCAGUUGGAAACAUUAAGCCAGAAUCUCUUUCAGAAAUUCGUUCACUGCGUAUGCCACCUGAUGUAAUCAGGGACAUUCUUGAAGGAGUUUUAAGAAUAAUGGGUAUCUUUGAUACAUCUUGGGUGAGCAUGAAAAGUUUCCUUGCAAAGAGAGGUGUGAGAGAAGACAUAGCAACCUUUGAUGCACGAAAUAUUCCAAAGGAAAUAAGAGAGAGUGUUGAAGAACUUCUUUUUAAAAAUAAAGGAUCUUUUGAUCCAAAGAAUGCUAAGCGUGCCAGUACCGCAGCUGCUCCUUUAGCUGCCUGGGUUAAAGCCAAUGUCCAGUACUCCCAUGUCUUGGAGCGAAUUCAGCCUUUGAAAACUGAACAGGCAGGAUUAGAAUCAAAUUUGCAGAAAACUGAAGACAGAAAAAGGAAACUAGAGGAGCUUCUUAAUUCUGUUGGUCAAAAAGUGUCAGAACUCAAAGAAAAAUUUCAGAGCAGGACUUCAGAAGCUGCCAAACUUGAAGCUGAAGUAAGAAAAGCACAAGAAACAAUUAAAGCUGCAGAAGUCUUGAUUAAUCAGCUUGACAGAGAACACAAGAGAUGGAAUGCACAGGUUACAGAGAUAACAGAGGAAUUAGCUACUCUUCCUAAAAGAGCUCAGCUAGCUGCUGCAUUUAUUACAUAUCUUUCUGCUGCUCCUGAGGGUCUGAGAAAAACCUGUUUGGUAGAAUGGACCAAGUCAGCUGGUCUUGAAAAAUUUGAUUUGAGGAGAUUUCUUUGUACUGAAAGUGAACAGUUAAUUUGGAAAAGUGAAGGCCUACCAUCAGAUGACCUUUCCAUAGAAAAUGCUCUUAUUAUCUUACAGAUCAUUGGUUUGAAAUCAUGGAGUCGAGUUUGCCCAUUUCUGGUAGACCCUUCUUCCCAAGCUACAGAAUGGUUAAAGACACAUUUGAAAGACUCACGUUUGGAAGUUAUUAACCAGCAGUCUUUAAUGGAUGCCUUUGUGUGGUACAGUCUGCUUGUGCCCAGUGGCUUUUGUGGGAGAGCUGAAUCUGAUGUGAACACAGAACAUGUCUUUCCUCAGGUUUGCUGGCAUCUAUCACCUUGGGAGGAGGCUGGAGAUGGAGUUGUUAGAUCAGAGCCAGGACCACGUUAUGUGGUACAAAUAGGUGACAAAAUUAUCGACUACAAUGAAGAAUUUCGCCUUUUCUUGUCAACAAGAAACCCAAAUCCCUUUAUUCCACCGGAUGCAGCUUCCAUCGUUACUGAGGUUAACUUUACUACAACAAGAAGUGGAUUACGAGGACAGCUGUUGGCAUUAACUAUUCAGCAUGAGAAACCUGAUUUAGAGGACCAGAAAACAAAACUAUUACAACAGGAAGAAGAUAAGAAAAUACAGUUAGCUAAGCUUGAAGAAUCUCUUCUAGAGACACUUGCCACAUCUCAAGGCAAUAUUUUGGAAAAUAAGGAUUUGAUUGAAUCUUUGAAUCAGACAAAAGCAAGCAGUGCACUUAUUCAGGAGUCACUUAAAGAAUCUUACAAACUCCAAAUUUCUCUUGAUCAAGAGCGGGAUGCCUAUCUCCCUCUGGCUGAGAGUGCCAGCAAGAUGUACUUCAUUAUCUCUGACUUGUCAAAAAUUAAUAACAUGUACCGUUUUAGUUUGGCUGCAUUUCUCCGACUUUUCCAGCGAGCUCUGCAAAACAAACAGGAUUCUGAAAAUACAGAACAGAGGAUUCAGUCUCUCAUCAACUCAUUAAAACAUAUGGUAUAUGAAUAUAUAUGCCGUUGCCUAUUUAAGGCUGAUCAGUUGAUGUUCGCUUUGCAUUUCGUUCGAGGCAUGCAUCCUGAACUUUUUCAAGAAAAUGAAUGGGAUACGUUUACAGGUGUGGUUGUUGGAGACAUGUUGCGGAAAGCUGACUCUCAACAAAGAAUACGUGAUCAACUUCCAUCUUGGAUAGAUCAGGAAAGAAGCUGGGCAGUGGCAACAUUAAAGAUUGCUCUCCCCAGUCUUUAUCAGACCCUCUGUUUCGAAGAUGUAGCUUUGUGGCAUACUUAUUAUCAUAAUUCAAUGUGUGAGCAAGAGUUUCCAUCUAUUCUUGCAAAGAAAGUUUCCUUAUUUCAGCAGGUUCUUGUGGUACAGGCUCUCAGACCAGACAGAUUGCAAAGUGCCAUGACUCUAUUUGCAUGUAAAACUCUGGGACUGAAAGAGUUGUCACCACCUCCUCUAAAUCUCAAACGUUUAUACAAAGAGACACUAGAAAUUGAACCCAUAUUGAUAAUCAUUUCCCCGGGUGCUGAUCCUUCUCAGGAACUCCAAGAACUUGCUAAUGCUGAGAGAAGUGGAGAGUGUUAUCAUCAGGUUGCCAUGGGUCAAGGCCAAGCUGAUUUAGCCGUUCAAAUGCUAAAAGAAUGUGCUCGAAAUGGAGACUGGCUCUGUUUGAAGAACUUACAUCUUGUGGUAUCUUGGCUGCCAGUUCUGGAAAAGGAAUUGAAUACUCUUCAACCUAAAGAUACCUUUCGUCUUUGGCUCACUGCAGAAGUUCAUCCCAACUUUACUCCAAUUUUAUUACAGUCAAGUCUGAAGAUAACAUAUGAGUCACCUCCAGGUUUGAAGAAAAAUUUAAUGCGUACUUAUGAAUCUUGGACUUCUGAGCAAAUUAGCAAAAAAGAUAAUAUACAUCGAGCUCAUGCUCUCUUCAGUUUUGCUUGGUUUCAUGCUGCAUGCCAAGAAAGAAGAAAUUACAUUCCACAGGGUUGGACCAAGUUUUAUGAGUUUUCUUUAUCAGAUCUUCGGGCUGGUUACAGCAUUAUUGACAGACUCUUUGAUGGUACCAAAGAUGUACAAUGGGAAUUUGUACAUGGUUUGCUAGAAAAUGCUAUUUAUGGAGGACGUAUAGAUAACUAUUUUGACCUUAGAGUUCUUCAGUCAUACCUGAAACAGUUUUUUAAUUCUUCAAUAAUUGAUGUAUUAAACCAAAGGAACAAGAAAAGCAUUUUUCCAUACUCCAUAUAUCUACCAAAAUCCUGCAGCAUUUUGGACUAUCGUGCCGUCAUUGAAAAACUUCCAGAGGAUGACAAACCUAGUUUCUUUGGUCUACCUGCCAAUAUUGCUCGUUCAUCUCAGCGUAUGAUCAGUUCUCAGGUUAUUUCACAGUUGAGGAUCUUGGGCAGAUCAGUAACAGCUGGUAGCAAAUUUGAUAGAGAAAUCUGGUCUAAUGAACUUUCUCCUGUCCUCAAUCUCUGGAAGAAAUUAAACCAGAAUUCAAACCUGAUUCAUCAGAAAGUGUUGCCUCCUAAUGAUCGACAAGGAUCUCCAAUAUUAUCAUUCAUUGUUCUUGAACAAUUUAAUGCCAUUCGCUUAGUACAAAGUGUUCAUCAGUCUCUUGCUGCUCUCAGCAAAGUCAUCAGAGGAGCCACCUUAUUGAGUUCAGAAGUACAGAAAUUGGCAAGUGCUUUAUUAAACCAAAAGUGUCCUCUCACAUGGCAAAGCAAGUGGGAAGGUCCAGAAGACCCUUUACAAUACCUUAGAAGUCUUGUAGCUCGUGCCCUUGCAAUACAGAACUGGGUAGAGAGAGCUGAAAAACAGACUCUUCUCUCUGAUACACUUGACCUAUCAGAACUCUUCCACCCAGACACAUUUCUCAAUGCGCUUCGCCAGGAAACUGCAAGGGCUGUGGUCUGCUCUGUGGAUAGCCUUAAAUUUGUGGCCUCAUGGAAAGGUCGACUGCAAGAAGCAAAGCUGCAAAUUAAG